UACACUAAAAAUCGUCAUGUAUCGCGCGUUCGUAAUCUUCUUGGCCAUAAAUCACUGUUUUUUAACAGUAUUUGGCAACGAUCUGCUUUUUCUUAAGGCAGUGAAAAACGUACCACGAAUCGGGAGAAGUGCUAGUAAAAAUGGGAAUUCGGACUUCGAAAAGUUCUUUCUAAAAGCCUCGAAGUCUGUGCCUAGGAUCGGACGUAGGGACGAGGUGCGAUCUCAAGCGAAUGUCCUUAAAAAAGCCGUUUUAGAUGAACAAGCCAAAAAUUCUGAAUUGAAAGAUCUAGUCAGGAACCAUGAACAAACAAUAAGGAAACAUGACCAAGAGAUGGAAAGCCUUACUUUUCGCAAUGAGCAGCUGACUAAGAGGAUAUCAGUUCUACAGCAAGAACUUCAAGGCAACAAUAAUGGUAAAAAAGGCAAAUCAAAAAUGAUUCAGUCCAAUCAAGUUAUGGAUUUAGGGAUUUUAGAUGAAGAAUUUCAAAAGAAAAUCCUAGAAAAUGCACAACUUUUGAGUAGUAUUUCAGAUAAAGAACUAGAAAUAGCAGCUUAUAAAGAACAAAUAGAAAUGUUGGAAGAGAAAUUACUGAGUUUAGAAAAAUUUAUGGAUAGUAAAAACGAACAGAGCCAACAAAAACUAGAAAAUUUACAAAGAGAAAACGACCUUCUCACUAGUAAAAUAAGGGAAAUGGCUUUAAGGGAGAAUGAAAGGAAGAAUUCUUUAAAUGAAAACGAUGAAAAGGUAUCAUAUUGGAGAGCAGAAGCAGAAAAACUCAGAGCCGAAUAUGAUCGACUUAGCAGUAAACCGAGUUCAGAUGAACAGUUAAAUGAAUAUUAUGAGUCUCAGGUCAAAGAUUUGCUGGAUUCCAAAAGUUUGGCUGUGUCCGAGACGAAAUCUCUGAUGGCUGAAAAUCAAGCUUUGAAAGCAAGGUUGGAAGAUUUAAUAGAGGAACACCUAAAACUGCAAUCCAAGUUGGAUAAAAGCAUUGAAGAACUGGUAACAACAAACGAUAAUUAUAAGAAUCAGCUGGAUGCUAUGACGGAACAUUUAGCCGCGCAAAAUGAUAAAAUAACUCAACAGUGCGACGAAAUACAGCUGCUAAAGCAUAAAAUUUCUUCUAGGAAAUAGGUGUCGUUUUUAGAUAUAUUGGUUUAAUGAAGUUAUACGACAAAAAUUACAGUUUAUUGUUGAAAUUCUUUUAUAUUUACAAUUGGGUGAUAUGCAAUAUAAUAUACAUUAAUUGCAUCCCUUUUAUACACCUUUUUUAGUUUAUAAUGUUAUUCUCAUAAUUUAAAAAAUUUUAGCUCUUAGUUUAUAUUAUACAUUAUAUAACAUAUUGUGAUUUUGACCAUUGAUCUAUUUAUAUAUUAUUAUUGUUUGUCUCACUACUAAGUAAAAUAUUUGAAGACUAUA